CAAUCCAGGGUUUAUAUACAUCAUUUAUCCAAACAUAUCUGUCAUCGGGCCAGACACAUCUGUACGGUGGUGGUCCUUCAAACACAAAACGUAUCGUCUAAAUGCAACAUAUCUAGCGUGACAAUGCCUGUACAAAGUUUACCGAUUCGAGACUCUGCCUUCCAUGUGCGACUGCUGCAUCAAUACUUGAUUCUGCUGAAGAAUUACCCAAUUCUUACCAAAUCCGUGACGAGUGGCAUUCUCUCAGCAAUGGGAAAUCUUCUAUCGCAAGCAUUGGAAGCAAAACGAAAGGGCAAAGAAGGGACCCCAGUGAAGGAGAUUGACAUUUCAGGACCUGCCCGCUUUGCCUUUUAUGGGUUGCUCAUUACUGGGCCUGUAAGCCAUUACUUUUACCAACUUAUGGAGGUGUUGAUGCCUACCACUGUUCCAUACUGCAUGGUGAAACGCUUGCUCUUGGAUCGCCUCGUCUUCGCCCCUGCAUUCCUGCUGCUUUUCUUCUUUGUUAUGAACAUCCUGGAGGGUAAGAGGUGGGCAGACUUCCAGAGCAAAGUGAAUAGUAGUUAUUGGCCUGCCUUGAAGAUGAACUGGAAAGUGUGGACCCCCUUCCAGUUCAUCAACAUCAACUAUGUGCCUGUAGAGUUUCGAGUGCUGUUUGCCAACAUGGUGGCCUUAUUUUGGUAUGCUUACCUUGCGUCUGUGAGGAAGUGAAGACUCCCAAGAUCUUCUCCCUGAUUACUGAAGUAAGAAGGCACAGGGUGUGCCUCUGAAGCUGCAGAACAUUACAAGGACAGGCCUGUGAAUACCAGUGCAGCAAGAUGGUACAACCAGGCAAAUUGACUGGGGUGAUGUGAAGGACUUCACUCGCAUACUACAAAAGUACUACACUAACGAAAUCAUAACACAUCUAAUGGGUUGUUCACAUGCAGAAUAACCGAUAACUAAAAUGUUCAAUGUUAAUUCUUACUACUGAAAUUUCCAAUCUUAAAUUAAUUGAGCCAAGGUGUAUUUUGGUUUUAACAAUGAUAAAUACGUGUUACCUAUUCUUGAUAGAUACAAAUGUAUAUAAUAAUUUAAGAUGAAGCAAAUGUGCUGUAGGAAGUUAAUAUCAGUAACAAUUUCAACCUUGAAUGCAAUUAACUGUAAGUCGCUUUGGAUAAAAGCGUCUGCUAAAUGGCAUAUAUUAUUAAUUUAACACCAUAUGAAUAUGCAAUGUUAAGAUUUAUCAGACCAUUGUGUAUAUUGCUGACAAGGCUGGCCUGUAGUUUCCUCAUGUGGACUGCCUUCAGUUUAGUUUGAGUCUCAACUCAACUGUAAAUGUUACUGCUCUUUCUGUCUCUAUCAGGUCAAAUAAGGGAGCAACAGCACAUCGGACUAAACUGCCAAGUAUUUUACAUCCUGAUGCAUUUGAUUUAACUGUAUUUUAUAAAUGAAAGCAAAAACCAGUCCAUUACAUUGUUGCUUUAACUUUUGUUUUGAGUUGGAGCCAUGACAAUGAUGGUAGACUGAGUUUUAUACUUGGUUAUUACUUUAUUACAAUGUCAUUAACAUUAUUUCAACAAAAGCCAAUAUCAGCCAUGCUUAAUUUAAAAGUUUACAGCUGACUACAACAUUAACACUGGUAAUUUUUGGACAAGAUAGCUUUUUCUCUAUAGACAUGGAAUGCAUAAUAAGUUAAGGGCUUCAGGUGGUUUCAGGUCGAUACUGGGUGUCUUCAGCCUCCCCUUAGACGGAGCGUCAGGUGAAUAGUGCUUAGAUUUCUGACACCAUAGUCUUCCAGUUUCUUGCCAUCAUCGAGCUGCUUGCCCUCGUGAAUCAGCCUCUGUUGGUCGGCUGGGACUCCCUCCUUGUUUUGGACCUUGGCUUUGAACUGGGUUACAGUCUCACCUGACACCACCUCAUAUGUGUGCGUCUGGCCCUUUUCGUUUUUCAGGAACACCUGGAUAUGAGUGGGUUCUGUAAUCAGCACCAUCACUUUGGAUCCUGAAUGCAGGCCAUAGUCACUCAAAGUUUUUGAAUCAUUGCUGAGACUGAUGUUGUUCCCAUUGACACCUGACAGCCUCUGCCUUUCUAUGGCCACUCCAAAGUGUUGGUUGAUCAGACUCUUGAGAGACCCCACGGUGGUGUGUGGCUGAACCGUCAGUCGAUGUGAGUUCCCAUUCAACAGUGUUAUAGUGAGUUCCAUGAUAGAUAUCUGAAAGAGGAUUUCAUGUAUUAUUUAUUUGGCCUUAACAAUAGCAUAGCUCAAUUGAACGAUUUAGUCUUAACAUUUCACUUAAAGCCUGCAGGUAUAAUGCUUUAUAACUGGCUGAAAGCAUUUAUGAUACUUUAUCUUGUGUCUCUAUCAGCAUUUCUGCUGACUCAAAUGGUUGGAAUUUAGAGAGAAUCAUUAUGAGAUGAUUGACAGACAUAAGGUGGUAUUGUCAUACAUGCUCAUGACAAUUUAUACAACAUAUUAUAACCUUUAUAUUAACCUACAGGAUUCAAGGUUACCAUUGAUUCCAUUGCAAUAACUAAAAUAAUGUGCAAUAGAAUUGCUUGAUAGCUAUUUAGCUUUAACAGCAGAGUUAUAUAAAGUAUUAUAGCCUAAUGAUGAAAAGAAAAUACUUACCUUUUUCAGUAGAUAUUGUUGAGAAGUCCUUGUUGUGAAGUCUUGCAAACUGUUUCAACAAAUAGUUUUGAGAAAUCGGUAUGUUGACAAAAACUACUUCUGUGAUUGAAGAUGGUGACCGUGUACAGCUGAGCCUGGUAUAUAACAGCUGAUCUGCCCCGCCCCUCAAAUUCAGAUUUGUUUUCCCUCUCUGCCUCCCACCACUUUCGGUUUCUAUUCUCUGAUAAUAAUGAUGUAGUCUGCUGCUAUUUAUAGAAAGUUGUGUAUAAUAAAUUGUUUGUUUGUUA